UGUCAGCUGAAUGUAGUAGGGAAAAGUCGGUGCUAAAUUUAGUCACAUUAACAAAAGAAAAUCACAGCCGAGCUCUGAAUUAACAAACUUUAGAUCAAAGAGUUGCGCAGCAAAAUGCGCAAAAAGUUUUGGCGUUCCCAAACCUGCACGAAGCUUGAAAAAAAAGAAGCGUGGUGGUGGUUAGGACAUUCCUCAGGGGAUUGCAGAGGGGGGUUUAUUAAGAUUAGUCUCUUUAUGCUUUUUCACGUGAAAGAGCCUUUAUAAGGCGUCGUUUUGUUGCAGCGCCACACAAGAGGACUUCACCUUUUUUUUCUGUGCUAAGUUUAAUUUGUGCAUUUCACCAUGGCAGCGUAUACAUUACCGGAGGGAUUCACGGAGUUUGAUAUGUUUACAUUCGGCUCAGCGCUUUUUGUUGGGGGCCUGCUUGGAUUUUUCCUCAAUGCCAUCAGCAUUGUGUCUUUCCUCACAGUGAAGGAGAUGAGGAAUCCCAGUAACUUCUUUGUGUUCAAUCUCGCUGUGGCUGACAUUUGCUUGAAUGUUAACGGACUCACAGCUGCAUAUGCGAGCUAUCUCAGAUCUUGGCCAUUUGGUCAAGAUGGAUGUGCCUAUCAUGGUUUUCAAGGGAUGAUAGCGGUCCUGGCAUCCAUCAGUUUCAUGGCUACCAUCGCCUGGGACAGAUAUCACCAGUACUGCACCAGACAGAAGCUUUUCUGGAGCACUAGUCUGACAAUGAGUGGCAUCAUCUGGAUUCUGUCCAUCUCCUGGGCUGCUUUUCCUCUCAUGGGAUGGGGUGUCUAUGACUUUGAGCCUAUGGGGACUUGCUGCACGCUGGACUACACCAGAGGAGACAGGGACUAUAUGACGUACAUGCUAAGUUUGGUGGUGUUCUACCUGAUGUUCCCAGCUUUCACCAUGAUGUCAUGUUAUAGUGCCACCUACAAAUACUUCAAGAAGAUCCAUCACCACAGGUUCAACACCAGUUUGCCCUUGAGGGUAAUGCUGAUGUGCUGGGGUCCUUACGUCCUCAUGUGUAUCUACGCCUGCUUCCAGAACGCGAAGGUCGUAUCUCCAAAACUAAGGAUGGUGCUUCCAGUUUUGGCAAAGACAAAUCCAGUCUUUAAUGCUCUCCUCUACUCAUUUGGAAAUGAGUAUUACCGAGGCGGCGUGUGGAACUUCCUCACCGGACAGAAGAUUGUUGAGCCGGUUAUUAAAAAGAAAUAAAAGGAGACUCAAUGUUCUGCCAAUAAUCCAAACCAAGAUUUCCUUUAAUCAGAGGUUCCUCAUUCCCUGUUGAUGUGGUGUUGUAAACACUGCGGAGCCAUUAGGAUGUGUGUACAGUUGUUUUAUUUUCACGUGUGGACAUAGCUGAAACUCAAAACGUAGUCUCCAGUUGGAUUUGUAAUUUAUCCAUUUUCAAAUUAUUGCACUACUCGUCCGUCCAUGUCCGACAGCUUGCAAUAAACAUGUUGCAUUGCUGCUCUUCUACUGUACGCUCCUUCUACUUUAAAGGGCUUUUCAACCUGAAUAACUGAGCUGCUUUAAGUAAGAAAGAAUUGACAAGAGACGCCCUCGCAUGUCACGGCUGUGUCAGGCCUUUACUAAGCAGAUUGUCUUGUUUUCGUUAGUUCGUCAGUUUGAGGUGAUGUAACUUAGCCUUUGUGUUAAGACUGUAUUAUGCAAUUAUAGAGAUCAAGUGAACUUCUUCACAUUUCUAAGUAGCAUAUUAUUUAAAUGCAUAAACUGAUGAGAGGUA